AUCUGUGUUGAUAAAGUAACUCAGUAUUCUGUAUCGUACAUUUUACACUAGAUUGCGUUUUAUCUUCACAUUUAGUUUGUAUCAGUUUGCAUCAAGCAUACCGUGGUGUGUACAUACAUGCAUGACGUAUUAGCAGUGCAUAUGAUGAUUUUCGCACGAAAAUUGAUUAAUGUGUACAUAAUUUUUUUUAUCAUUUAAAGAGGUGAUUUUAUUAAUAAUGAUGAAGCAAUCAAGAAUUGAUACGUUUUUUAAAGUACAACGUGUAUCACGUAAUAUAAAAACAAAAGAAACUGAUGUUUAUGUAACGUACAAUAACAAAACUAAUAUUCAAGAAGAGCUUUAUAGUUCAUCAAUAUCUGAUGAUUCUAUAGUAAGAAUGAAUAGGGAUAGAAGUCCCGAAUUAUACGCGAUUCGCAAGAGACGUCAGUCACUCAGUUCUUCUGAGAGUAAGCCGUCUAAGAAGUCGUCGACGUGGAUACUGCGUACGCCGACAAAAUUAUCUCCAAGAAAACUAGAAAAUUUAGUAAAGAUAUCAAGUACAAGUCCUUCGAAGUCUCCAAAGUAUAAACAAAGCUUGAGUCCUAGGAAACUCUUUUCCGAGAGGAUAGAUAUGGACUUGGUACAACAAGCUGUUGAAAACUUUAAUUUAGCUAAGCAAGGUGCUAUAAAGUCCAAUAAUUUUAACUUGGAAGAAAUUUACUUGAAAGGAUUGGAUAAGGAGUUUAAAAUGGAAUAUGGUACUUUAAAUCUUAAUGCUGCAGUGAUGUAUGAUGUUACAGACUUAAAAUAUCCAAGUGAAAAACAUGCUGCGCAUGUUUUUGCCAUUAUCACUGAAGUCUUUUCAAGAGGGGUUAAUUGUGGUUAUUUUAAUGAGGAGGAAUUGGAUAUAACUUUUUCUAUUCUAACUCUUAGUCAUAAAGCACAAAUGUUACUUGCUAGAAUGUUGAAGAGAAAACGUACAUGGUACAGAAUAUCUGAUAUUAAAUAUAAUGAGAUUGAUAUGGAUCUAAUCCCUGUUUUCCAAGAGUUGAUCAAACACAAUAUGGGCACUUCAGACAUUCAAUCCCAAGACAAUGAGAUAUUAUUAAAAUUAUUAAAAGUAAAAGAAGUUGAUAGUAUAUGUAAAAAGUCAAAAGUGCCACAUGGUCAAAGGAAGGAGAUAUCAAUACAAAACCUUCUGCAGCAGGUGCAAGGGUCUAGGAUAUAUUUUUUUGGUGCCAAGAGUCCCAAGAAUGCCUUGAGAAACAUGAUAUGUAGAGAGCUUGGCCCAUGUUUUCAUAUAUCAGAAAAAGUGGCUAGCACCUUUGAUAGAAUUGCUACUUUAUUUUUCCCAUCGCAGGACCCUCAAAAAGAUCUGGGUGAUAUGUUUUUAACUCUUACCCAAGUGCAUGAAGGGAAAAUUCUCUAUCCAACCCCUACCAGAGAAAUGAAAUUCUUUCCUAUUUUUGGCAAUAGAGAACAUCUAAUCAGUUAUGUAGAAAGCAAAGCCAAUUAUCACGACUUGCUUAAAGCCAUCGAAAAUAAGAAAUGGGAUAUUGUACGAGAUCUUGGGAGACUUUCAUACAAUCGUUUAAUAUCCUUACCUGAGAAGCAGGAAGAUUUAGAAUCUUCAAUUCCACUUCAUGUAAAGAAGUUUGCUCCUGAAUAUUUUUGGGUGAAGACAAUCUCAAAGAGUGUGGAUGCUUUCAAAAAAUCUAAAAACAUUGAAGAUGUAAUAACAUACUUAAACGUCUUGAUAAAUCAAAAGCAUGUGCAGCUUAGCAAUAAAGCUUCCUUGUAUCAAGAAUUAUGCCUCCUAGAAAAACAUUAUAAAAAAGAUUUAGAAUCCAGCGCUACAUUCGUUAUGGAUGCGCUGGUUCAAAAUAACAUCACUGAGCUGGACACGACUAACUGGCUGAAGCGCGCUGAAACUCUCUUAAGAAGACAAACUGGAAUAAGUAAGGAAACUAAAGCCAAUCUAAAAGCAGCAGUAGAAAGGGUAAAGAAUGUAUUACCAUCGAAUCCAAAUGUAACUAAGAUUAUAGGAAGUACAUUGAUGAAGGGAAAUAUUUCAGGUUCUAAGAGUACCUGGAUAAUGAAUUUAGCAGAUGAAAGCAGUCUUUAUAUGUCUGUCGAAGGAGUUGCUAUGCAACAUUACUUCUCGGAAGGAUUCAGUAAGGGAAGCCACUGUGAAGGAUCCUUGCCAGUGCUUUUAUUUGCCGUUCUAUGUUGGGAGGAAUUGUAUGAAUAUUCGGCUCCUUGUGCCUUUUUAUCUUCCUAUCAAGAAGCUCCGUUGGAUUUAUACACCAAGCACUUUUAUGAUAUUAGAAGUUCUUUGUUCGAAAAGAAAUUUAAAUCAAUACGGGGACAGGAUUUUAUGAGUUUCGUAGAAACUUUGGUUGUAAAGUAUAUUAAGUAUUGUGAUUAUGAGAGCAUUAUGAACAAAAAUCUCUUCAAGAGUGGUGAAGAGUUCAAGGAAGUGGUUAUUUGUUUGGGUUUGGACGGAAUCCUUGGCAUUUGCGAGAAAUUAGCUAAGGACUAUAAUACAUGGAAGUCAGGCUUUCCUGAUCUCAUCGUCUGGAAUUAUGAAAAAAGACAGUGUAAAAUUGUAGAAGUAAAAGGUCCUGGGGAUGAUUUAUCAAGCAAGCAGAAACUAUGGCUUUGGUAUUUAGAAAGUUUGGGUAUCCCGACCGAAUUGUGCAUUGUUAGAGAUACAAGCAAUGAUGGCAAGAGGCGACAGUGAAUUAAGUUCAUUCGAGACUCCAUACGUGGGAGCAAUUUCAAGAACGAACUAUAUCACGAAACUUGGAGAAACUGUGAAGAUUCGUACCAGAUAAACGUGCAUGUUAUAAAAUAUUUUUACUUUUUACUCUACUUUGAUAAUGUUACUAUUUUUUACAUAUAAACUAACUGUAAUAUUUGUAUAUACAUUUAUCAGUAUAAUUUAAAGAUUAUAAAUGUUAAAUAGAUAACAAACCCUUACUGAAA